GUCCUAACUCCCAUGUUCAUUAUCGGUCCAUACAACAAAUUGCGCCUCACUACCUUUGCUAUGUCUUGCAGAUGAUCUUGUCCUGACAUAUUGUUUUCGAUCUCGUCAUGGAUGCUACUCUUUUAAUCGCAGUAAACGAAACUUGCCCUCGGCCGCAGAUAUCGGAGCACUUGGCCAGGGUUAAAUGAAGCUGGAAAGCAUCAAUAUUUUCCAGAACAAGGUCAACUUGAUCAAGCUCUUGCUAAACAUCAAUCGCUGCAUUCAUCAAAGGCACAGUGGCCAAGUCGUCAUCCAUCGUACACAACCGAAAUACAACAUCUGCACUGUCAAUGAAAUCAUUGCAAAGCGUCUACCUAUCCCAGUCCGCGACUUUGCUUUCGAUCCUGGUCUCAUCCGUUCCUUCGAUGUCAACAAGCCUGGUGCUGAAGUUCAUGAACUCGAAGGUGGUGUUGCUAGUGUUUUUAUCCUUACGGGCCAGGGCAACAAGUCAAGAUUUGUCCAGUUAUCGCAACGAAAAACGCUCAGGGCCGGAACCGUGCAAGCCCGUUUCCAGCAGGAUCUUUCGGGAAAACUGAUUGGUAUUCGCACCAAGAUUGAUCCAACGCUAUGCAGAGUGGAUCGUUUCGUUGGUCAGGUGUUGGGUGUGGUUGGGAAGCUUCCGAAGAGAAUCUGGAGCUUGAAACAGUUUGUUCCUUCCCUGGAUGUUCAUACAGAGAAGAAACAAACACAGGUCUCAAAAUUUGCCAAGAACGAGCUCAUGGUAAUAGGCAUGAGAGGGGCUCUCGCGAAGGUUCAACUGACUUCACCCGCAUGUACUGAAGUUGGAGGGAAGGUCGUACUUUUGAGACAUAUUGAGAAGCAUUGGUGGCUUGUACUCAAAGCCAAUCUACAUAUGUAUCAUUUCUGGAGCAUGCAAAUGCAAGUGUUUUUCAUUUCAGUAGUAAACAUGUUUAUUAAGAAGAGUGGCUUUCCUGAUCAGCUAAGGCUUGUGGGCAAUAACAAAAACAUAGAAUCGAUCGUGGAUGAGAUGGGAGAGAUCUUCGCAAAGAACAAGCAAACGGAUGGGAUACACUACUGAUGAUCAUGGGUAUACUCAGUAGAGGUGCAACAAAUAAAGAGCCAGAAGCGAGUCCAGCGUCCA